AGUGAGGACAGCAGCAGUGCACACUAUGGUUCAAAUCAAACAGAACAAGUGGAUCAGGGUCAAGAUGCUGAGACCUCAUCUCAUUUUAACACUCGUAACCAGUAUUUUCAGUGCUUCAAUGUUGUCUGAUGGCUUGAAUAUAAAACUCGUCAAUGGAUUUGACAGGUGUUCUGGUAGAGUGGAGGUCUAUUUUUAUUCUUAUCAUUUAUUCGGCCGGUGGGGAACAGUGUGUGAUGAUAACUGGGACAUCAACGAUGCAGCGGUGGUGUGCAGAGAGAUGGGAUGUGGCAGAGCAACCAGCGCACCUCACAGUGCCCACUUUGGUCGGGGAAGUGGCCAAAUACUUCUGGAUAAUGUUGGUUGUUCUGGAAGUGAAAGCUCCAUCACAAGUUGCUCUCAUAAUGGAUAUUACAAACAUGACUGUAAUCAUGGUGAAGAUGCUAGUGUUAUCUGCUCAGGCUUAAGACUCGUUAAUGGAUUUGACCCGUGUUCUGGUAGAGUGGAGGUCUCUUAUAACGGCCAGUGGGGAACAGUGUGUGACGAUUACUGGGACAUCAAUGAUGCGGAGGUGGUGUGCAGAGAGAUGGGAUGUCUCAGAGCGGUCAGCGCCACUCACAGUGCCCACUUUGGUCAAGGAAGUGGCCCAAUACUUCUGGAUCAUGUUGGUUGUUCUGGAAGUGAAAGUAUCCUCACAAGUUGCUAUCACAGGGGAUUUGGCACACACAGCUGCAGUCAUGGUGAAGAUGCUGGUGUUAUCUGCUCAGGCUUAAGACUCGUUAAUGGAUUUGACCCGUGUUCUGGUAGAGUGGAGGUCUUUUAUAAUGGCCAGUGGGGAACGGUGUGUGAUGAUAACUGGGACAUCAAUGAUGCGGAGGUGGUGUGCAGAGAGAUGAGAUGUGGCAGAGCGGUCAGCGCCCCUCACAGUGCCCACUUUGGUCAGGGAAGUGAUCCAAUACUUCUGGAUAAUGUUGGAUGUUCUGGAAGUGAAAGUAUCCUCAUAGGUUGCUCUCACAGGGGAUUUGGCAUACACGGCUGCAGUCAUGGUGAAGAUGCUGGUGUUAUCUGCUCAGGCGUAAGACUCGUUAAUGGGUUUGACGCAUGUUCUGGUAGGGUGGAGGUCUAUUAUAAUGGCCAGUGGGGAACGGUGUGUGAUAACAACUGGGACAUCAAUGACGCAGCGGUGGUGUGCAGAGAGAUGAGAUGUGGCAGAGCGGUCAGCGCCCCUCACAGUGCCCACUUCGGUCAGGGAAGUGAUCCAAUACUUCUGGAUAAUGUUGGAUGUUCUGGGAGUGAAAGCACCCUGAAAAGUUGCUCUCACAGGGGAUUUGGCACACACAGCUGUAAUCAUGGUAAAGAUGCUGGUGUUAUCUGCUCAGGCUUAAGACUCGUUAAUGGAAAUGACCCAUGUUCUGGUAGAGUGGAGGUCUAUAAUAAUGGCCAGUGGGGAACAGUGUGUGAUAAUAACUGGGACAUCAAUGACGCAGAGGUGGUGUGCAGAGAGAUGAAAUGUGGCAGCGCGGUCAGCGCCACUCACAGUGCCCACUUUGGUCAGGGAAGUGAUCCAAUACUUCUGGAUAAUGUUGGUUGUUCUCGGAGUGAAAGCACCCUGAAAAGUUGCUCUCACAGGGGAUUUGGCACACACAGCUGUAAUCAUGGUAAAGAUGCUGGUGUUAUCUGCUCAGGCUUAAGACUCGUUAAUGGAAAUGACCCAUGUUCUGGUAGAGUGGAGGUCUAUAAUAACGGCCAGUGGGGAACAGUGUGUGAUAAUAACUGGGACAUCAAUGACGCAGAGGUGGUGUGCAGAGAGAUGAAAUGUGGCAGAGCGGUCAGCGCCACUCACAGUGCCCACUUUGGUCAGGGAAGUGAUCCAAUACUUCUGGAUAAUGUUGAUUGUUCUGGGAGUGAAAGCACCCUGAAAAGUUGCUCUCACAGGGGAUUUGGCACACACAGCUGUAAUCAUGGUAAAGAUGCUGGUGUUAUCUGCUCAGGCUUAAGACUCGUUAAUGGAAAUGACACAUGUUCUGGUAGAGUGGAGGUCUAUUAUAACGGUCAGUGGGGAACAGUGUGUGAUCAUAACUGGGACAUCAAUAAUGCGGAGGUGGUGUGCAGAGAGAUGAGAUGUGGCAGAGCAACCAAUGCCACUCACAGUGCCCACUUUGGUCAGGGAAGUGGCCAGAUAGUUCUGGAUAAUGUUGGAUGUUCUGGAAAUGAAAACUCUCUCUUUAAUUGCUCUCAUAAUGGACUUUACAAACACAAUUGCAGUCAUGGUGAAGAUGCUGGUGUUAUCUGCUCAGGCUUAAGACUUGUUAAUGGAAGCGACCAGUGUUCUGGUAGAGUGGAGAUCUCUUAUAACAGCCAAUGGGGAACAGUGUGUGAUAAUAACUGGGACAUCAAUGAUGCGGAGGUGGUGUGCAGAGAGAUGAAAUGUGGCAGAGCAGUCAGCGCCACUCACAGUGCCCACUUUGGUCACGGAAGUGAUCCAAUACUUCUGGAUAAUAUUGCUUGUUCUGGAAAUGAAAGCUCUCUCUCUAAUUGCUCUCAUGAUGGAUUUUACAUGCAUAACUGCAGUCAUGGUGAAGAUGCUGGUGUUGUCUGCUCAGGCCCUAAUGAGAUCAGGCUGGUAAAUGGUAAGAGUCAUUGUUGUGGUAGAGUGGAGAUCCAGCACAAUGGCCAGUGGGGAACAAUAUGUGAUGAUGACUGGGACAUGGAUGAUGCAGAGGUGGUGUGCAGACAGAUGGGAUGUGGCAGAGCGGUCAGCGCACUGAACGGAGCCCACUUUGGUCGGGGAGGUGAACCAACGUGGUUGGAUGAUGUUGGGUGUAGAGGAACUGAGAGAUACUUAAGUCAGUGUUCACACAGAGGAUUUGGAAAGGAGAACUGUGGACAUAAUGAAGACGCUGGAGUUGUGUGCUCAGAUGACAUGCAGAGUCCUGUGCCUACCCUGAUCUCAUCUCGCUCUGCUGUAACUGCUGGGGAGGCUGUUCAGUUCAGAUGUAUCAAACCAAUCCCAACCUGUAGCUCUGCUGAUUUCCAUUUGUACAGAAAUGGAACAUUAGUUAAAACUCAGUCUUCAACAUCUGAAUCUUCAACAUUUAAUUUGACUGUGGAUUUCUCAAAUCAGGGCCAGUACAGCUGUGACUAUUCAUACCAGGGAAACAGCUCAGUCACAUCACCUAGAAGCAACUCUACUGACCUUACUCUGGUGUCUCUACCCACUCCAAGCAUCUCUCUGAGUCCCAACAAAGAGGUCACAUGGGGAGAAAAUGUUAACAUCACCUGCUCUGUAGAAACACAGUUCACAGGUGGAACCCUCUCUCUGAUAAAGCGCUCUGGGUCAUUUCGAGACACCAAGAAUGGAACCUCCAUCACGUUCAGUUUACCAAAAGUGGACUUGGUUCAUGAGGGGUCUUACUACUGCCAGUACCAGACCAGAGUGUCCAGUCAUGAUUUCAGUUCUCCACAGAGCAGUUCAGUUAAUAUCUCUCUAAUAGUAAUUCUACCCACUCCAAGGAUAUCUCUCCAUCCUGCCAAAGAGGUGACAUGGGGAGAGAAGGUUAACAUCACCUGCUCUGUAGAAACCCAGUUCACAGGUGGAUCCUUCACUCUGAUACAGAACUCUGCGUCAUUUAGAGAGACCAAGAGUGGAACCUCUGUCACCUUCAGUUUACCAAAAGUGGACUUUGUUCAUGAGGGCUCUUACUACUGCCAGUACCAGACCAGAGUGUCCAGUCGUGAUUUUGGUUCUCCACAGAGCAGUUCAGUUAAUAUCUCUGUUGUAGUAACUCUGCCCACUCCAAGCAUCUCUCUCAGUCCCACCAAAGAAGUCACAUGGGGAGGGAAGGUUAACAUCGUCUGCUCUGUAAAAACCCAGUUCACAGGUGGAUCCUUCUCUCUGAUAAAGAAUUCUGGGUCAUUUAGAGAGACCAAGAGUGGAACCUCUGUCACCUUCACCUUACCAAAAGUGGACUUUGUUCAUGCGGGGUCUUACUACUGCCAGUACCAGACCAGAGUGUCCAGUCAUGGUUUCAGUUCUCCAAAGAGCAGUUCUGUUCAGUUCUCUGUUGUAGUAACUCUACCUGCUCCAAGCAUCUCUCUCAGUCCCACUAAAGAGGUCACAUGGGGAGAGAAGGUUCACAUUACCUGCUCUGUAGAAACCCAGUUCACAGGUGGAUCCUUCACUCUGAUACAGAACUCUGGGUCAUUUAGAGAGACCAAGAGUGGAACCUCUGUCACCUUCAGUUUACCAAAAGUGGACUUUGUUCAUGAGGGGUCUUACUACUGCCAGUACCAGACCAGAGUGUCCAGCCGUGAUUUCAGCUCUCCACAUAGUAAAUCUGUUCAGUUCUCUGUUGUAGUGACUCUACCUGCUCCAAGCAUCUCUCUCAGUCGCACCAAAGAAGUCACAUGGGGAGAGAAGGUUAACAUCACCUGCUCUGUAGAAACCCAGUUCACAGGUGGAUCCUUCACUCUGAUACAGAACUCUGGGUCAUUUAGAGAGACCAAGAGUGGAACCUCCGUCACCUUUACUUUACCAAAAGUGGACUUUGUUCAUGAGGGGUCUUACUACUGCCAGUACCAGACCAGAGUGUCCAGUCGUGAUUUCAGUUCUCCACACAGCAAUUCAGUUAAUAUCUCUGUUAAAUUGACUCUACCUGCUCCACGCAUCUCUCUCAGUCCCACCAGAGAAGUCACAUGGGGAGAGAAGGUUGACAUCACCUGCUCUGUAGAAACCCAGUUCACAGGUGGAUCAUUAACUCUGAUACAGAACUCUGGGUCAUUUAGAGAGACCAAGAGUGGAACCUCUGUCACCUUCAGUUUACCAAAAGUGGACUUUGUUCAUAAGGGGUCUUACUACUGCCAGUACCAGACCAGAGUGUCCAGUCAUGAUUUCAGUUCUCCACGCAGCAGUUCAGUUAAUAUCUCUGUUAAAGUGGCUCUACCCACUCCAAGCAUCUCUCUUAGUCCCACCAAAGAGGUCACAUGGGGAGAGAAGGUUAACAUCACCUGCUUUGUAGAAACCCAGUUCACAGGUGGAUCCUUCACUCUGAUACAGAACUCUGGGUCAUUUAGAGAGACCAAGAGUGGAACCUCUGUCACCUUCACCUUACCAAAAGUGAACUUUGUUCAUGAGGGGUCUUACUACUGCCAGUACCAGACCAGAGUGUCCAGUCGUGACUUCAGUUCUCCACACAGCAGUUCAGUUAAUAUCUCUGUUGUGGUGACUCUACCUGCUCCAAGCAUCUCUUUCAGUCCCACCAAAGAGGUCACAUGGGGAGAGAAGGUUAACAUCACCUGCUCUGUAGAAACCCAGUUCACAGGUGGAUCCUUCACUCUGAUACAGAACUCUGGGUCAUUUAGAGAGACCAAGAAUGGAACCUCUGUCACCUUCAUCUUACCAAAAGUGGACUUUGUUCAUGAGGGGUCUUACUACUGCCAGUACCAGACCAGAGUGUCCAGUAGUGACUUCAGUUCUCCACACAGCAGUUCAGUUAAUAUCUCUGUUGUAGUGACUCUACCUGCUCCAAGCAUCUCUCUCAGUCCCAGGAAUGAAGUCACAUGGGGAGAGAAGGUUAACAUCACCUGCUCUGUAGAAACCCAGUUCACAGGUGGAUCCUUCACUCUGAUACAGAACUCUGGGUCAUUUAGAGAGACCAAGAGUGGAAGCUCUGUCACCUUCAGUUUACCAAAAGUGGACUUUGUUCAUGAGGGGUCUUACUACUGCCAGUACCAGACCAGAGUGUCCAGUCGUGACUUCAGUUCUCCACACAGCAGUUCAGUUAAUAUCUCUGUUGUGGUGGCUCUACCUGCUCCAAGUAUCUCUCUCAGUCCCACCAAAGAGGUCACAUGGGGAGAGAAGGUUAACAUCACCUGCUCUGUAGAAACCCAGUUCAUAGGUGGAUCCUUCACUCUGAUACAGAACUCUGGGUCAUUUAGAGAGACCAAGAGUGGAACCUCUGUCACCUUCAGUUUACCAAAAGUGGACUUUGUUCAUGAGGGGUCUUACUACUGCCAGUACCAGACCAGUGUGUCCAGUCGUGACUUCAGUUCUCCACACAGCAGUUCAGUUAAUAUCUCUGUUGUAGUGACUCUACCUGCUCCAAGCAUCUCUCUCAGUCCCAGGAAUGAAGUCACAUGGGGAGAGAAGGUUAACAUCACCUGCUCUGUAGAAACCCAGUUCACAGGUGGAUCCUUCACUCUGAUACAGAACUCUGGGUCAUUUAGAGAGACCAAGAGUGGAAUCUCCGUCACCUUCAGUUUACCAAAAGUGGACUUUGUUCAUGAGGGGUCUUACUACUGCCAGUACCAGACCAGAGUGUCCAGUCGUGAUUUCAGUUCUCCACACAGCAGCUCUGUUCACCUCUUUAUCAUAGUAAAUCUACCUGCUCCAAGCAUCUCUUUCAGUCCCAGGAACGAGGUCACAUGGGGACAGAAGGUUAACAUCACCUGUUCUGUAGAAACCCAGUUCUCAGGUGGAUCCUUCACUCUGAUACAGAACUCUGGGUCAUUUAGAGAGACCAAGAGUGGAACCUCUGUCACCUUCAGUUUACCAGAAGUGGACUUUGUUCAUGAGGGCUCUUACUACUGCCAGUACCAGGCCAGAAAUUCCAGUCAUGGUCUCAAUUCUCCACAGAGCAGCUUUGCUAACAUCUCUGUAAAAGUGAACUUGUUUGAGCCCCAAAUCUCCCUCGGAUCACUUGAUGGAUGGUUCUUCUGGUGGCCUCAAGGACUAGAGGUGACCAGGGGCCACAGCUUCUCCAUCAUCUGCUCCACCAAACCACAAUAUCCAGGAGGCUCCUUCCACUUGGAGUUCAAUGGAUCCAACAUCACCAGAACUCAGUCAGCUGUUAACCACUCAACCUCCUUCUUCUUUCCCGAGGCAGAUUUUAUCCACCAGGGAAACUACAGCUGUGUUUAUGAAGUCACUGUGUCUUCACACACAUUUAGCUCUCCUACCACUGAACUUUUGGCUGUCACUGUGAAAGCAUCACUGGCUCCCUUCAUCGGUUCUGGAGUGGCAGCAGGACUGUUACUCAUAUUAUUGCUAACUGGCAUUUUCUUCAUGAAGAGAUGUAAAAAACAAAAAGAACAGCUGGCUGUGAAGACUGAUUAUGGACGCUGUAUGGAUAACGUAUAUGGGAUCAACACCAACGUGAAUGAUGAUCAUGAACAUGACGUUUACAUGAAUACAGAAACCGCUUUCAGCCAGAUGGAGGAAAAGGAUGAUGGCGACUGCAAUAAUGUUGAUGCUAAUACACAAAAAUAGAAAAAGGGCACUUAUUCAGAUUGUUCAGAAAAGCAGAGUUAAAGGGUGGCAUCAGGAAAGUGAAAGAACUCUUAGAAACAAUGAUUGUUGUUUAUCCGGGGUCACUCAUUUUACUUUGUCAUAUCUCUGCUGUGAGUAUUUCAGCAUUUUCUUACCUACACCUAUAAGUUUCUUUCUCCAUGUCUAUAAAUUGGUUUAUUUGUUUCUCUGGAGAGCUGGAACAACUAUUGUCAGUUCAUUUUAAAGCCUUUUUCAUGAUUUUCUUCUACAUACAGCUUUUGUGGUAUUUUUACUCUGACAUCUUACAGAAAGUAUUAUAUUGGUCUUUUAUGUUAUAAAAAAUAAAGACUUUUCUGCUA